ACUAUAUUAUGUACGAAUACAAACGUGACAAUAAAUGUCGAUGAGUCGUCGGCUAUAAAGUACAUCACGAAGCAUAACACUAUCUUUUGCUGUACAUAUUAAGAGAUCAUUUACACCACAAGAUACUAUUGUUAUAUUAUAACUGAAGAUCUUAUUUACUAUUAUUCUGUGAAUGAUAUGAGCAUACCAAAUAUAGAUAUUAUAUAGUUAUGUAGCAUAAUACUACAACUGUGUUAGACAUAACCUAAUAUGAUUCAAUUUAUGUAAACAUAACCUCUUCAUUCUAUCAAUUAUAUAUUCGAUAUAAAAACUAAUACGAAGUAUGGGACGUAGUCGUACACCUUCACCAGGAAGAAGAAGAGAUCGGUCUCGAGAUCGUGAUCGAGAACGCGAACGAGAUAGAGAUCGAAGAAGAAGACGUUCUCGUGAAAGAAGAAGAAGGUCCGUUGAACGAGAUCGAGUAAAGUCGAGGGAUAGAGAAAGAGAUCGUGAUCGUGAACGGGACAGACAUAGACGUUCGUAUAGCAGAUCUAGAUCAAGAGAAAGGGACAGACCUAAACCCAAAUUAAAACCCACAACAGAACGUCCUGUGAUUACAGAGGCUGAUCUUCAAGGAAAAACACCAGAGGAACAAGAAAUGAUGAGAAUAAUGGGCUUUUGUGGUUUUGACACUACUAAAGGCAAAAAAGUUGAAGGGAACGAUGUAGGAGCCGUACAUGUUAUUCUUAAACGAAAGUAUAGACAAUACAUGAACAGAAAAGGAGGAUUCAAUAGACCAUUGGAUUUUGUAGCAUAAAAAUUAUAAAUGUGAUGAUUCCAUAAAAUUCUUUACCAUUGAUAGAGAUUCCUUAACCUGUGCAAGUUCUAUUGUUUUCAUAAAUCUAAUCAGAAUAAUAAGACAUAUAAAUAGUACAAAAAAUAGUUUAUACAAAUGAAAAUAUAAGUAGACAAAACAAGUGAUAUAAGUUGACAAAGAUAGAUCCGUAAAAUUUUUCAUUUUAAAAUUUAUUAAACAAUUUUUAUAUAAAAAUAUUUAAAAUACAAGCUUUUUUAUAAUAAGACAGUAUUAAAUAUUAAUAAUGUUUCAAUCAUCCACCCUGAGUCGUUUGCUUUGAGAUGUAUCAUCGUCACUAUUGCUGUCACAAUCAUUCAUAUUCGAUGUUUCACUCUCAGGGUUUUCUGGAGCUUGUGUAUUGAGCUAUAAAGUUUAGACAUAUUCUAGAAUUAUUACAGUACAGACAAUUUUGUGAAAAAUAAUGUAUAAUGCAAUAUCUUUUCUUUUA